UACGAAUACAUAUUCUCUGCUGCAUUAGUGCUUUUUAUUGAUUAUUUAAAAUUAUUCUUGUUGAAAGUACUCAUAGAGUAUGUGAUCGAUCGCUAGUGUUCUGCUGGUGUCAUUGCAGGACGAAAGGUGAAACAGCUUAAAAACAGAGAUUUAGCACAAGAAGAUAAAAAUGACCAAAGAUGGAAAAUGUGCUGCUACUAUUCGUAGGCGCAAAAUGAAACAUGGACCAGAAGAACUUGACCAGGCUAGAAACACAAAUAAACUUAACACCUCCAGCCUCCCUGAAGAUGAACAAAUAUACAAUAAGGAAGAAGAGGAGGGAUAUUUAUUUGAUGAUGAAAUACUGGGACCAUCAAUCAUAAAAACAAUUAUGUCAUCUGAGAGAAAGCUUUUCAGUGGUUUGAUAGCACUACGAAUUGUAAAUGCACUUUUUAUCCAGACAUCAUAUGUACCAGAUGAGUACUGGCAGUCCUUAGAAGUAUCACACAAUAUAGCUUUUGGUUAUGGAUACUUAACAUGGGAAUGGGUGCAUGGUUUACGUGGUUAUUUGUAUCCAUCAAUGUUUGCAGCUUUAUACAAAUUUUUAGCCAUAUUUGGUCUGGAUCACAGACUGCUAUUGAUAAAAUUACCAAGAGUCCUACAGGGUAUUUUUGCAGCAUGGGGUGAUUUGUACCUGUAUAAACUGAGCUGGAAGCUGGCAGACCGAGCUACAGCUCAGUGGACAUUAUUCUGUCAGAUAACCUCCUGGUUUACGCUUUACUGCUGUACCAGGACACUCACAAAUUCUAUGGAAUCUGUUUUAGUGACAGUAGCUCUGUAUUACUUUCCAUGGCCAAAUAUAAGAAGUGGGACAUGUGGGAAGAGGUCCAGCGCCUGGAAGUUUGUGAGUCUGGCUGUCUUGUCUGUGUUGAUUAGACCAACUGCUGCUAUAACCUGGAUCCUUAUGUGUUCCUGGCACAUACAAUUGAAUGCUUCUAAACUGUGGAAGACAAUCAAGGUUUAUGUCCAGUACGGAUCAGUCCUUCUACUAAUUAGUAUACUGGUAGACAGGAUUUUCUAUGGGGAGUGGAUUUUAGUUCAGUACAAUUUUCUGGAAUUCAAUGUACUCCAUGGUGGGUCAGCGUUCUAUGGCAGCCAUCCUUGGCACUGGUAUAUCACACAGGGCUAUCCUGUUGUCAUGGCAACACAUCUUAUACCAUUUUUGAUUGGUGGAUGGUACUCCAAACACAAAGUACUGCUGAUGUUGAUCAUAUGGAAUAUAUUUAUUUACAGUUUCCUAGCCCACAAGGAAUUCAGAUUUAUACUACAAAUUCUACCCAUAUCUAUGCAUUACUGUGGUGUCUUUUUUCAAACCUUGUGCAAGAAACCAUAUCUAAAGAAAAAGAAACACAAGACUGCAAAGACCUCUGAGAGCAACCAAAAAACGGGCAGCAAAGCAGGCACGGAGCAUGAACAAAAUCAGACUUCAGCAGAUUCUGUGGAAUCUAUAUUGGAAAAUACAACGCAGUCAGAAAAUAUUGAGACUCGAGACAUUCUUGGGAAUGUAGAAAGUACAACAAAAUUUCCAGUCAGUGCAGAAAAUGCAAGUGCUAGUGCACAGGUUGUACAGGAAAUGACUCACAAAAGCAACCUGCUGAAAGCCUGGAUCCUUGUGAUGGUGUUUCUUGUAGUUAAUAUUCCAGCUACUGUUUACUUUGGUCUCAUUCACCAGAGGGGGACAGUUGUUGUCAUGAAAUUUCUGUAUGAUGAGAGCUUUGAAAAAAAUAUGGAUGUUUUGUUUCUCAUGCCAUGUCACUCCACACCUUAUUACAGUUAUCUACAUAGAAACAUCUCUAUGAGGUUCCUGACCUGUGAACCAAACCUCUCCAAGAAGGAACACUAUAUAGAUGAGGCUGCUGAUUUUUACAACGAUCCUCUACACUGGCUAAAGAAAGAGUACCACUUUCAGAGGAAAUCCCCACCUAGUCAUAUUGUAUACUUUGAUAGAUUGAAGUCUGAGAUUUCAGAGUUUCUGACUCAGACAGGGUACAAUCACUGUGGGACUUUUUUCCACACACAUCUCCCUGAGGGGAGGGUAGGACACAAUGUGCUUGUUAGCUGUAGGUGAUAUAUACAAUGUUACCGGUAUAUUCAAAUUAUUUUGUGAUAUUUUUUUAGAAAGAAUUUUUUUCCUAUUUUUAUUUUUUAAUAUUUAUCAGUGAUGUUAGAUGAAAAGAAGUUUUAAGUUAUGUAACACA